AAGAGAUUUAAUAAAAAGUGCAGAUAGUAUUGUUCUGGAUUUAGCUUAUAGUGUUUUCGGAUGAAGCGGAAUCUAACUUGGUUGGGUGCACUACUUGCACCUAAAACGAGUAUCUUCUUCUUUUCCAACGCUCCCAUUCUAUAUCCAUCUCACUUUAGGUGUAGAUAGUGCACCCAAUCCGGAUUAGGAUCCACUUCACCCGAAAAUUCCACCCUAUUAGAUCUAGAGGUUACGGUCAAUCACAUUCACGCUUCGAGAACAAGCUUAGCUGCUUUGCCGGCUUGAAUGUGUCCGAUUACAUUCAAUCGCUCGGCGAGCAGAUCUAGCUGUUUUGUCGACUUGAAUACGCCCAUUGCUUCUAAUUCAGAGUCAAUUCAGUGUCAGUCCGCUAUUCCUAUCGAUUUAAGUUAAAGGUGCCUAUUCUCCCACCAUUCGGACAGGCCUAAAGGUAUCGUAAAGAAAAAGGAAGAAAACACGUGGGCGAAUAAAUAUAAGUACUCGCCAUAUGGCAGUACAAAUCUCAUAUUUAUCAGUGUAAUGCCAAUCUUAUUCACCUGUUGAAGCGUAUUGAAAUCAGUAUACAAUGGAAUCAAAUUAUUUUAAAAAUGUUGUCAACGUGGAGUACAAACGAAGUCGCAGAUGCACAGAACGUAUUGAAUAUGGGACCGCUGGUUUUAGGACAGAGUCGUUUGUUCUGGAACACGUUUUAUACAGAAUGGGUAUUUUAGCUGUAUUAAGAUCCAAAGCGAAAAGAGCCACCGUAGGUUUAAUGAUUACCGCGAGUCAUAAUUUGGAACCUGACAAUGGUGUUAAACUUGUCGAUCCAUCCGGUGAAAUGCUCGAAGCUUCUUGGGAAAUAAUAGCGACGGAACUAGCUAAUGCAGAGGAUAGUGAACUGAUAUCAAUACUUACAGAUAUAUGCACAAAGGAAAAUAUUGACAUGUCAGUGCCAGCUAAUGUGAUAAUAGGAAGAGAUACUCGCAAAAGUGGUUUUACUCUUUCAUAUGCUGCAAUAGCAGGAGUCGAAGCUUUGCACGGCAAUUUUAUAAAUUUAGAAAUAGUCACAACUCCACAGCUACAUUAUAUUGUGGUGUGCACGAACACCAAAGGAGCCUAUGGCAAGCCCACGCUAGAAGGAUAUUAUUCGAAGCUAGUAACAGUAUUCAAAAGCAUAAGAAAGCAUAACACCAAGAGAAUUAGCAAAAAUUAUAAGAGUAUAUUAUAUUUGGAUGCUGCAAAUGGCGUCGGCGCUAUUGCAGCAAGGGAAUUUCAAAGACAAUUGGAGGGUAUACUGGAUAUCAAGCUUUUUAAUGAUGGCAGCGAGGGCUUGAAUCAUAUGUGCGGUGCAGAUUAUGUCAAAGUGCAACAGAAGUCGCCUGUGAACAUGCCAUCCGAGCCACAUGUCAAAUGCGUCAGCAUAGACGGAGAUGCCGAUAGAGUGGUGUAUUUUUAUACAGAUGAAGAUAACAAAUUUCAUCUUCUGGACGGAGAUCGAAUAGCGACGCUAGUGAUUGUUUAUUUCCAGAAUCUUUUGAUAAGAAGUGGUUUAUCUCUGCAAUUGGGUGUAGUGCAAACCGCAUAUGCCAACGGCUGUUCGACCAUGCUUAUGCGUCAUUUAAGAAUCCAAGUGGCAUGUGUGCCAACCGGAGUAAAACAUUUACAUAAAAAAGCGCAGGAAUUCGACAUUGGAGUCUACUUCGAAGCAAAUGGACAUGGAACCGUCAUCUUCAAGGAAGAUGCCAAAGAGAUCAUUAGGAAUCAUGCCAAGGAUGAAACGCUUCCUGAGGCACAAAAGAUAGCCUCCACAAAGCUGAGGGAUAUAAUAGAUUUAAUCAACGAAACGGUCGGCGAUGCAUUGAGCGAUAUGCUACUAGUCGAGACUAUAUUACAUGACCGAGACUACGAUCUUAUCAAGUGGGAAAAAAUGUAUGAAGAUUUCCCGAAUAAGCAACUCAAAGUCAGAGUGAAAGAUAAAAAUGUCAUAACAACAACGAAUGCGGAAAGAUGCUGCUUGACUCCCAUUGGUUUGCAAAGAAAAAUCGACGAUAUUGUCUUAAAAUAUCUAGGAGGUCGAGCUUUUGUUAGGCCUUCCGGAACUGAAAAUAUCGUGCGGGUUUAUGCAGAAUGUGUGAACUCAUCGGAUAUUGAUAAACUCGCUAUGGAGGUAGCUUCAGCCGUGUACAAACUCGCGGGCGGUGUUGGACCUGAACCCAGUUUAUGAUAAGAUUAAUAAAUCCCAUAGAUAUAUGAAAAAGUAAUAAUCACUCAGAGUGCUUUUCUCCGUUUCUCCACAAUUCCGUUUCUUGAGAAUUGAAUGUGUUCUUCGUUUGCUUUUGGUACUGUAAGAACUGUUAAUGAUUCAUAAAGAUAUCACUAACCGGAAGGUGAUGGAAUAAAAAAGUAAAGCAUUGCAUAUUAUAUAUGCUUACUGAUAUUUGCUAACCUACUUUACGGCCUAAACGAGUUAUAUAUCUAAUACAUAUAUUUACAAAUUUGUAUUUUCAUAUUUUAAACUAUGAAAUUUAUGUAUAAAACUUUAGACUCAAUUUCUUAUCUUUCUUCAUCAUAUAUAUAUUUUUCUUGUCAACAAGAUAUAAUAUUAGAUGAAGAUGGUAUGGUCAGAAUACUAGAUAAUGAAAGAGAAUAUUCAAUAAGCAUUCCUAAAUUUAAUAAGUUUAGAGAGAGGAUUAAAGGAAAAAUAUGUAUAUCAUCAGAAAGUUUUAUUAUCUCUAAAAAAAAGUGAAUUAUUUUAUUGUAGAUAGUAUUAACAAUGUUUAAGCAAUGUUUAUGUAUUACGUGAAAAGAAUAUAUAUAAUGAAUAGC